GCUCUGUGCGGUCUUUGUGUUGACAUCUGCUGAGGAUUGUGAGUGUUUGAAUGGAUAUAACCAGGUGCACGGAGAAAUGGGAGAGGCCUCCAACAUCCUCCAUCAUGUUGACAAGUAAGAAAUCAGACGCCGGGUCGUCGUCGUCCUCCUCUUCAUCUUCGGCGGGUGCAGCGGGAGGCGACAGGGCCCAAGGCUCUGAUGCGCAGUCGGCAGCUUCCAUCUCAGCCGCGGGUCCUGCAGACAUAAAGAAGAAGGAGAGAUCGUCCCCGAGCAGUGAGUCGGGAGGAGCCCCUCUGCCUCAACAGGGGGCGGGAGGCCCCGGCGCGCUGGACCCGGACUCGGCUGAAGUCCGCAGGACGAGUCGACGCAAGCGACAAAAGCAGGUGGAGUACCGCGAGAUGGACGAGAGCCUGGCCAAUCUGUCUGAGGACGAAUAUUACUCCGAGGAGGAGAGGAACGCCAAGGCGGAGAAAGAACGUAAACAGGUCAUCCCGCCGCCGGCCCCUCCGCCAGAAGAGGAGAAUGACAGUGAACCUGAGGAACCAUCUGGUGUGGAAGGCGCUGCUUUUCAGAGUCGCCUACCCCAUGACCGUAUGACAUCCCAGGAGGCCGCGUGCUUCCCUGACAUCAUCAGCGGGCCCCAGCAGACUCAGAAGGUCUUCCUCUACAUCCGGAACCGAACACUUCAAUUGUGGCUGGACAACCCAAAGAUCCAGCUGACUUUUGAGACCACCGCACAGCAGCUUGAAGCUCCCUACAACAGUUCGCUCUCAGGUGACGCCGUGCUGGUCCACAGGAUACACAGCUACCUCGAAAGACACGGCCUCAUCAACUUUGGCAUAUAUAAGAGGGUCAAGCCUUUACCCACCAAGAAGACCGGAAAGGUGAUUGUGAUCGGUGGAGGCGUGUCCGGCCUGGCUGCAGCCCGCCAACUGCAGAGCUUUGGGAUGGAUGUCACCGUAUUAGAAGCCAGGGACCGUGUUGGAGGCAGGGUGGCAACAUUUAGGAAGGGCAACUAUGUGGCAGAUCUAGGUGCCAUGGUGGUGACAGGCCUUGGAGGGAAUCCCAUGGCCGUGGUCAGCAAGCAGGUUAACAUGGAGCUGGCUAAAAUCAAACAGAAGUGUCCGCUGUAUGAAGCAAAUGGACAGGCUGGUGAACGGUGCACGAGUGUGCCCAAAGAAAAAGACGAGAUGGUGGAGCAAGAGUUCAACCGACUGUUGGAGGCCACCUCCUUCCUCAGCCACCAGCUGGACUUUAACUUUCUCAACAACAAGCCCGUCUCGCUGGGACAAGCCUUGGAGGUGGUUAUACAGUUGCAGGAGAAGCACGUAAAAGAUGAGCAGAUAGAACACUGGAACAAGAUUGUAAAGACACAAGAAGAGCUCAGAGAUCUGCUCAAUAAGAUGGUGUCCACCAAAGAGCGAGUGAAGGAGCUCCAUCAGCAGUUCAAAGAGGCCAGCGACGUCAAACCGCCCCGGGACAUCACCGCUGAGUUCCUGGUGAAGAGCAAACACAGAGACUUGACGUCACUCUGCAAAGAGUACGAUGAGUUGCAGGAGAUGCAGGGGAAGCUGGAGGAGAAGCUCCAAGAACUUGAGGCCAACCCACCCAGUGACGUCUACCUGUCCUCCAGAGACCGCCAGAUACUAGACUGGCACUUUGCCAACUUGGAGUUUGCCAACGCCACACCCCUCUCUACCCUUUCGCUCAAACACUGGGAUCAAGAUGACGACUUUGAGUUCACCGGCAGUCACCUGACCGUGAGGAACGGUUACUCGUGCGUGCCCGUGGCUCUAGCCGAAGGUUUGGACAUUAAACUCAACACAGCGGUGCGGCAGGUUCGAUACACGGCCUCAGGCUGCGAGGUUAUCGCUGUCAACACCCGCUCUGCGACGCAGACGUUCAUCUACAAGUGUGACGCAGUGCUGUGCACGCUGCCGCUCGGCGUGCUCAAGCAGCAGCCGCCCGCCGUGCAGUUUGUGCCGCCGCUGCCUGAGUGGAAGACCUCCGCCAUACAGAGGAUGGGCUUUGGAAACCUCAACAAGGUGGUGCUGUGUUUCGACAGAGUGUUCUGGGACCCCAGCGUCAACCUGUUCGGCCACGUGGGCUCCACCACGGCCAGUCGGGGCGAGCUUUUUCUUUUCUGGAACCUCUACAAAGCACCCAUCUUGCUGGCUCUGAUGGCGGGCGAGGCGGCCGGCAUUAUGGAAAACAUCAGUGAUGACGUCAUCGUGGGACGCUGCCUCGCCAUCCUCAAGGGCAUCUUCGGCAGCAGUGCCGUGCCGCAGCCAAAAGAGACGGUGGUGACGCGUUGGCGUGCCGACCCCUGGGCGCGAGGUUCCUACUCCUACGUGGCGGCCGGUUCCUCGGGUAAUGACUACGACCUGAUGGCGCAGCCCAUCACGCCGGGUCCUGCCAUCCCGGGAGCCUCUCAGCCCGUACCCCGACUCUUCUUCGCCGGCGAGCACACCAUCAGGAACUAUCCAGCCACGGUACACGGCGCCCUCCUCAGCGGCCUCCGCGAAGCCGGACGCAUCGCUGACCAGUUCCUUGGCGCCAUGUACACCCUCCCCAGGCAGGCCACGCCCACCACCGCCAGCAACCCACCUCAGGCUCAGCCUGCCGCCGCCAGCGUUUGAAACUUUCCUCCAGUGACUUACAAAGACUUUAUUUCCCCCCCCCCCCGACCUCCCUCCCCGUGAAUGUGAGCCGUCGUAAACAUUCCAAAUGAAAAGCGGCCCGGAUGAUGAAAUGAGACUUGGGGAGGGGGGGGGAACGUCUUCAACCUUGAAGCACGGUCUCGUCUUCAUUUGUUGAUACAUGUGAACUCGCUGCACUAAAAACAAUAUUCAAGUGUAGCUGGUUUGGUAUUUUGUUAUUGAGUUGUAACAGUUUUUAAAAUGUGAACAUAAUGCUGAUUCUGGUUAUCUUUUUUUUUUUUAACAUAGUAUAUAGUAACUUCAUAUUUAAUAAAAUAAAUAAAUUCAAAUAAAUUCUAAACUAUACAUUUGUAAUGUAUAUAUAUAUAUAUAUAUAUAUUUAAAAUAAAUAAAACAGCUAAAAAAAAAAAAUCUAAUUACCUAUAAAGCAGUACAUUCAGUUCAACUUUGAUGGAUGACUGACAAUACACACAGCGUGUUAACUCCUAUAAUCAUCAGGGGUGUAUUCAUAAAAACACUAAAUGAGCAACCUGUAGAGGAAUAAAAAGGACACCUGUGUGAGACCGAAGCGAAGCGCUGACUUUUUGCAUUCCGCAACCAAAAAAAGCUGCCAACAAAAGCAAAAAGGUAUUAAAAAGCACAGAUUUGCUCAGAGUCAGCGUGUUACAAAUGAGUUGCUUUUUAUUUUUUAUUAGAAUACAUAUGGUCUUGCUGUACAGUUGGCAGCUUACCUACAUGCCACAGGAGAGUUAAAACAUGCACAAUGGAUUAAGUCUAAAGGGUGAGGAGAAAAAAAAUAUAUAUAAGCAGCCGCCUCCGUCCAACUUCGGCAGCUCAUACAAACUAAUAAAAGCCUUUUUAUUGUGAUUACAUGUUUAUGUUUGCGCACGACGUGAAUUUACACAAAUAAUGAACACGUCACAGUUACCCCUUGCCCCCCCCCCCCCGGUUUAAUUGAUGGUACGGUCCUAAAGUUCCUAUUUGUGUGCACGCUUCUUUCUUCGGCACAACAAACAGCAGAAGACAUACAAACCCAGAAGCUAGCGGCAAAAACGAAUGGGACUCCCCCUAACCCCAGGUUGUGAGAAAUGUACUUAAACAACAAACACAGACAAAAAAAAAAACUCUCCAGGAGUGUGUCAUAACAACAAAAAAUAUAUAUAUAUUCUUGAAACCAA